AUUAAUUGACCUGAAGUUGAUGGGUCAGUCCAAAUGGGUUUAAGCUUUAGGCUUCAAGAAUGGUAUCACCAUAAUUUCUUGGGUGGUUGAUUCAGACUUCAAUUUAAUAUCAUGUAUUCCAAUUGUUUACUUCAACUCCAUUCUGGUAAAUUUCUCCGAAGUUUCUCGCUCGAUUCCUUCCUAAUUUCUUCCAUCUCUUUCCAAUCACUGAACUUAACUACCAAUUCCAUAUCAAACCAAUAAAGCCCUAGAUCAGUGCAGGAAUUUCAGCUUUCAAGGUUCCGCCAAGUUUCUCCCAUGGCUGGAAUGCUUCCAGGUGUAGAGUGUGCUCGAAGAAGACGGCUACAUCAAACCAAAGCAUGCUCUGAUUCACCGCCCAUCGCCGCCACUCGGACCUUAACCAGGAAAUCCGUUCUCUGCUUGUACACAAGCAACCACGAAACGCUCCUCGCUUCAAAUCCCUCUCUGCAAGGAAGCCUGUUAGUCGAGGCACAAGAAAACGAUAAUCUGGACGGAAUCGCGAGAGAGGCGAAGAGGAGAUUGGACGAGCGAUUGAGGAAAUCAGAGGAUAAAAGAGGGAUAGCGACGAGAAGGUUCAGUUGGACGAAUUGGAUCGCCGGCGAGCAAAACAAUUGUGGUCAGUGCUGGUGAUGAAGACAACGUCAUUCCAGUGGCUCCUUCUUCUUCUUCUUCUUCUUCUUCUUCUCCUUCUUCUUCUUCUUCUUCUCCUUCUUCCGCACAGUGCUUGUUUUUAUUUAUUCAACACAGGAUGGGAUGAUAACUUUUUUUAUUUAGAACUGCUCGUAAUUUCCUCCAGAUUUUUCGUUAACUCGUGACGAAAAACAUUUGUCAAUAUGUUUUCUGAUGUAUGAGAUGUUAAAAUACAGAGAUGUUUUUGGUUUAUCUGAAUGAUUCUGCUUACAA